AACACAAAUAUUUGUUUUGUUAAAUGAAUUACUUUGUACUAGUGCCGCCAAGUUACCCUCCUAGAGAGAUCAAAUUAAAAGUUGGCAGCUCAACGUCUCUGGAAGUCUCAUGGAAAUCUCCCGUUCUCGGAAACAGUCUUCCCAUAUUUGGCUACCAAGUCUUGAUUGCGCGUGUGCCAUCUGACGAGAAAUAUAACAUCAUUUUGAGGACGAAAUCUCUGGGUUGUGUUGUGUGUGGUUUGAAACCAGCCACUCGAUAUAGAGUUAAAGUCUCAGCUAGAAACAAAAUUGGAUAUGGAGAAUACAGCAAGGAUAAAAUUGUGAUAACCAAUGCAGCACCAGCAGAAAUACUUCCUCUCACAAUAAGUCAGACGAAUUUUAGUGUCAGAUUGAAACAGCCAAGAAAAGAGAUCAGAUUCAUUCAAAUCGUUGUGAUGACGCUCUCUGCUGGCCUUCCAAAAUCUCAUCCAAAUAAUUUCAAAUCUUACCACGACGCGAAAACAACCACAGAGCCAUCUUAUAUUACAGCAGAAUUCGACGUCGCUGAUUUUAAAAAUUUCCGAGAAUUCACUGUCGGUGAUGGUGGAUACAGUUUGGGUGUGAUUGGAAUGAAGUAUUUCAAUGGACCACUCUCACCUGGUACAAUGUACACCAUUUUUCAAAAAUUCUACAAUGAACAGCUGGAACUCAUCUAUGAGUCGGACUACCUUUCCCCAAUUAAAACGAAAGAAAAAGAAGAUUACUACAUGUUAAGUGGAUCGCAAGCUGAAACAAGUCAUUCAUCGACGGCACAAGAGGAGUUCAAGCUGGGGUUCAUCAUUGUUAUUGUUUUAUUUUUUAUCCUUCUGCUUGUUCUUGCUGUGGUCGUGGUUUAUCGAAGGCGUCAUGAGAGUAAUGAUCUUACAAAAGAAAAGAGUCGAGAAAGAAGUGGAAGUUGCACUAUAGAACAAACUGAACAUGAAAGUGAACGGGAAAAACUGCCGACCGGAGUUUAGAGAGGAUCUCUCCAGGCGCGAAAAUGCAAAUUUUUAAGAUUUGCAUGUGCGUCCGAAGAACGAUUUUUAUAAAGGACGUGACAGACCUCCGCUGGGACAUAGAAAGGUUGGUUCAGUUGAGAAGGUCCCGUAAUCUCUUUUUAUCUGAUAUUCGCAUAUAGUUCUUAAUUCAUCCAUUGUUGACACAGGCAUAAAAACACAGUGUGUCUGGUGUAAUCUCAUUUUAUUUACCAUGCAGGGUCUAAUUCAAACAGUUGCUUUAGGAAAAUAUAGUGUCCCGUUUUUUAUUAUACAAAUGACUUUCUGUCUGCUGAUGUCCACUUCUCUGUAGAGGACUUGGAAAAAGGAAUAGUUAUCAUAUAUCUAAACAAAUAAUACCUGUUAAGCAAGGAUUACUUAACAUCAAUUGUGUCAAACAAAAACAGUAUCUUUGUAUUUUAAAGUGAACAU